AAGAGCUAGAGGGGGAGAGAGAAAGAGGCAGAGCGAGGCAAAAGAAGUUAUCUGAGCUCCCACAAAUCACUUUGUCACCAGCAAGCUCUGACAAGCAAGAGGAGAGAGAGAAAGAGCACGAGCAGAGAGGCAGAGUGAAGCAGAGGGAGUCUCGUCAGCAGAGCAUCGAAGGAGGAAGGUGUGAAGAAACUGUAGAGGGAAAUAACGAGGUGAUACCAAUGGAUGGAUAGAGGGAAGAGAGGACAGAGACGAGACUGCAGUCCAGUUACCAAAACAGCACACGCUGAGAGGGACUGUUACUCCUGCUGCUGCUGUUCUUACUGCUGCUGGGUCUGGAUGGCACAUCAUCAUUUAGAGACGAUCGUUUAAAGAAGGUGUGUCAAACUUAAACUCUGUUGCCGGAGGACACUGUUUCAUUGACACUGACAUUUUAAUCUUCCGAUAGCAGGCCUGCUUGAGUCGUUUAAACUCACAAGUGGAACCCAGAGAGCGCACACGGUCCCAUUAUCAUGUUUGAGAGUGAAGAGACGGAUAGAGAGACAGCUGCUCUGUCUGUGAAGUGGGCAUGAGACAGAGGCGUUGAAAGCAAUUUCUGGUGUAGUGCAGCUGUACACAGAUCACAUGCUGUUACUGGUAAAAAGAGGUAGUCAGAGCCGAGAGCAGUACAUGUCUGUCAAAUGUUUUUCUGUAGGGGCACGCGUAGGUUUGUGACUGGUGUUGAAUAAGCUGGCAAAGUACGUUUUGACAACAAUUUCUCUCUUUUCACCACUGAUAUCUGAUCAGCUCAGGGCUGACUGGAAGCCUCUGACAGCUUUAAGGGAAGGCUGAGGUCAUCUGACCAAACCUAAAAAAGGAAAAACCAAAAAAAAAAAAAAACCCAACUAAAAAAAUAGGAAGGCUAUUUUCAAACUCCUUAAGCACAGGCUAUUAUUGGUAUUUUCCCUUUAUUACAGAAUACGUGUCAUUAAACCAAAGUCCAGGAUAAUCUGCGAAGAGACCCCGAUGGUCAAACACCAACAAGAAAGUGGUGCCAGGUUAGACUCCGGGAGCUAGUCAGCUGGUCUCUGCCAACAUUCGUCUUCAUUUUGCUGAGCACCCUGCUGCUCUGUCCACGUUCACUCAGGUUGCCUCUGGGGUCGUGUAAUGAGAGACUGAGCCGACACGUGGAGGGGUAUAUAUGUGCUCCGACAGAGGCAGGAUUCAGUUUCUAUAGUAAUAUAAUAUAUAGAUAUUAUUAUAUCAGUCACAAAUUGGUCUGAAUCCUUGAUGGGUUUGUUUUGGACCCGUAGGUGUUGUAGGGACCGUCUGCCUGUGCGCGUGGGCUCUUUUAGCAUUUGACAGCUCUGUUCUGAGCUCACUUCACAGUCUGGGACGUCACUGCUUACCUGUGGGGCUGAGUCAGAGGCUGGAUGUCUGUCUGCUCAGUGGGAUUCUCUCCACCUGCCUUUAUGCAAAUAAGGCACCAGUGUUAGGUACUUUUCACAGCAGCAGUGACAGCUGUGUUUGUGACUUUUCAGGACUCUCCACACUGCUGUAAUUGUUCUGUCGUGUGUAAACACCUUGCGUCAGUGACACCUCUCCACAGGGUGAUUCACUGUUCCCAAAGGAUCCCCAGUUGGAGGAAGGCACUGAAAGAAAAGUUGGAGGAGAAUUUCCAAAGAACACAAGCGACUGCACAGUCAGGUUGUCAACAUGAAAUUGUGGCUCUUGAUGCUGAUGGUUGUGUACAUGGUGGACAAUGUAACAAGUCUGUCUACAUGUAACACCGUGGACUUCGAGAUGGUGAAGAAAAAACGCAUCGAGGCCAUUAGGAGCCAGAUCCUCAGCAAACUGCGUUUGGAAAAGGCGCCAGCUGAAGCCGGGGAGAAGAAAAACAUUCCUGCCAACUUGCUAUCGCUCUACAACAGCACCAGAGAGAUGCUGACCGAUCUGCAGGUUAUGGGUCAGAAAGACAUGUCCCUAGAACAAGAGGAGGAGGAGUACUUUGCCAAGGUGCUGAACAAGUUCAACAUGACCAAAAACAAUGACACAGACUCUGCCUACGAGCUCACAGCCAUCUCGAUGUCCUUCGACAUCUCUGAGAUCAGGAACAGCAUCGGGGAUUCCCAGCUGCUCACCAGCGCGGAGCUGCGGAUGCUCAUCAAGGAGCCCAAGAUUCAGUUAGAGCAGCGAGUGGAGCUCUACUACAGCAACGGGACGGCGAUGCAUUACCAUGCUUCUCGCUUCAUCACAAACAAGUUGAAGGACAAAUGGCUGUCGUUUGAUGUGACCGAACCCCUGCAGAGCUGGCUCCAGUCAAAUAGCAAUGAACAGAAGUUUGAACUUCGGCGGUACUGUGAAUGCGGCAGUAGUGACAAUACAUUAAAAUUCUCCAUCUCUGGGAUUUCGACCAAGAGAGGAGACAUCGGAGAAAUGGCGAAGCUGGUGCAGCAGCCACCCUACAUCCUGACCACAUCUAUCCCUCAAAAUGUCACCCGCCCCUCCCACUCGCGCAAGAAACGCUCCCCUGACACGACAGACAGCUGCUCCACCCAAUCACACAACUGCUGUUUGAAGAAACUGUACAUUGACUUCAGGAAAGAUCUAGGCUGGAAGUGGAUCCAUGAGCCAACUGGCUACUACGCCAACUACUGCAUGGGGUCCUGCACCUAUAUCUGGGAUGCUGAAAACAAAUAUUCUCAGAUUUUGGCUCUGUAUAAACAUCAUAAUCCAGGAGCUUCUGCCCAGCCCUGCUGUACACCACAAACACUCGAGCCACUGCCAAUCAUCUACUUCGUGGGCAGGAAACACAAGGUGGAGCAGCUGUCCAAUAUGAUUGUGACGUCCUGCAAGUGUAGUUAAAACUACAAGAGGACACUCCGCUGUGUCUGCUCUCAAACACAGAGGGAUGGAAGAAGCUGCGUUUGAGGCUACAGAGAAGAACAUGUGACAGAGAACUCGAGAUAAAUUGGAGGCAUCAGGACUGCCAGCCUUUCUCCUGCAAGCCUUCAGUUAUCAAUUCUGUUGCACAUCAACCCACAGACUCCUUUUCUUUAGAUAUUAAAGAUCAUAGUUUUUUUAUAUACAUAUAUAUAUAUAUACAAUUUCCUUGCAAUAAUAAAAUGUCUGUCUUUAAUUUAUUUGUUGCAUGGACAGUUCUGUAAAGCAGUAAUACUGCAGAUACAAAAGUAUGUCAGUUUGCUGUAAGGGGAAAGAACGUUGGACAAAAAAAGCAUGAGGACCACAAUGAACCAUGAGGGAGGAAUUAAACGUGGGACAUUUCAGUUGGCCACAUCAUCUUCUGAGAGAGGUCACAGUGAAAGGUGCUAAAUUCCAUGUGGAAAGCCACGGCUGUUGCGGUUUUCCUCAAAGAUAAUGCUGCAGGUGUUUUUCAGAUGGCAGAAGGACAGAAAAAAACCCGGGGACGGUCCAACCGGGGAAAUUCCCUGUUGACUGAACGGCAGGACUUUCAUCCAGCAGGGACUCUCCAUUAAUUCUACUUUGUUCCUUCGUGUGACUUCUAAAGCGUCUUUUAUCAGUAUGUUUGUGUUCAUAAUGUUCAGAACUGAAUGUCAAAGCCAAGGGCCAUAUCAGCAGUAGUGACAGUGAUGACAUCAUGUUUUUGUCGCUCUGGGAAUUUACCAGCAUACACGUUGUGUAUGGUAGUGGUGGUAGUGUUGGUAUGAAAGCCAUUCAGACUCUUUUUUUUAAAUCGUGGUAAAUUAUUGAUUUUAAUUUCACGAGGAUUUUAACUUUCAUCUAAAAUAUAAUUUUUUUCCAUAACUCAAGAGUUGAUCUGGUUUGUAUGAUUUUCAUUAGGAAUAAAACCAUCACGUUAAA